AUGAUUUCUUACGCCCUCAUCGCUGUGGCGACGGCAUGCCUCGUCCUGAUGAGCUCUUAUCGCGAGAUUCGCGAGAUACAUGGCUUUAUCGUUUACAUCGCUGUUGCCCUACUUUGUUGGGAGACCAAGUAUCCACACCCAUCCGCCAUUACUGCAGAUGCCGACAUGUACUACGGAACUGGUCGUCAUGUUGUGAGCACCAACUGGAUGGUGAUCGAGGAUGAAGUUUCCAUUAUACAGAGUUGGCUCGAUUUCUUAAGGAACAGGCAUCCCUCAUAUGAAGGAGCCAUCGAUUCGACCUGGUAUCUCCUGGAAUCCGUGCUAUCCUUGAUGAUUACUGCGACCCUUCCGGCUACAUUGCUAUGGUGCUUGCACCUGAUCUUUGUAUCAUACCAAAGGAUGAGGAACUGCUUAGCCGACAUCAUGGGACCCGUCUCGAACUGGCUUGCGACUCCAAACGAGUGGUCCGUCACUGGGACGCCCGGCGCUUAUCCCCUGGUUGAUCGGCCGAUCGACAACCAAGAGCCUGGGGUCCAAGACGCCCUGGACGCAACAGCCGAUCCUUCAUCCUCCCAUCACUCUCAUACUAUGAGCCCGGAGCAGGAUAAGGAAAAGGUCACAGGUCCAGCUGUGCCCGAUUACCCCUGCCCGUCAGCCCGAGAGCAUGCUCUCAAGGUUGAGCUUUUGGAAAUGACGUUGGAACGAAAUAUUGUCAUGAGGGAGCUUGAGCAAGCCAACAAGGAGAUGGAGGCGAUGAUGGCUCGGGAGGCACUUUCGAGUGCCGCUAUACCCACCCUCGCCUUCUCCCCUGUCAGGCGUGUCGCGUCAAUUGCCCCUCUCGCCCCGGUCGUCCAGCAUAUCCCGACUUUAUCGGCAUCGACGGCUGUAACCAUGGCUAUACUUCUUCCGGAGAUUUGCUCCGAUCCUGUUCUCAGUCUUGUUCCUCCCACGACGAUUGUGGCCAUUGUGCCCAUCUCCCCUCCUCUUCCGGCUCCUACCGUCCCGGUGCCCGCCAUUUCAAGCCUCGAAGAAAUGCUUGUCAUCUUCGACCAACCUAAAUUCGACAUAUUCCGCGAUAAGCCGAACCGAAGCUCUCCUUCCACGGACCAUAACGACGAGGAAAUGGAUGACGCACCUCGGUGCGGCCUUGAAGAGCAGCCGGCUUUCGCCGCUAGUCUGAUAUGCGUGCCCGAGAAACAUAUUCCCGUUCAGAUAAACGCGGAGAUGGAGUCUGAGGUCUCGGUUACCGUCCCACAGCAGUCGAUGAUUCUGAAAACGGGGUUUUCACCCAUUGUGGGGUAUUCCACAAUGGACGUCUACCAAAGUAAAGAGGCCAAUAUGAGCGAGGAAGUCUGCCGCAACGACACGCCUACUGCACUAGAUGUCAUGCAGCAAGACCAUCUUCUAAUAUCACCUAUACCUAUACCGAGACUCUUCGAAGACACUCCCAUUCAUGCAGAGCCAGACCAUGCUCAAAUUACCCCUGUACAUUUCAUGGCACUUCUCGAGAACACUCCCACCCCUGCAGAGCCAGACCAUCCCCAGACAUCACCUUUGCCUAUAACGGAACUCCUCGAGAACACUCCUAUCCCUGGGGAGCCAAACCACCCUCAAACACCCCCUAUACAUUUGACGGCACUUCUGGAGAACACUCCCAUCCCUGCAGAGCCAGAUCGCCCUCAAAUACCCCCUAUACCUUUAACAACACUUCUUGAGAACACUCCCCACCCGACACAGCCAGAAAUUCCAAGCCACGACAUCAAAACGCAGGUUUCGGUCAUUGAGGUUAGCGCGGGACAGGUCCCGGCCGGGCUGACCGUGGCGUCUCCAGAAGAAGUGCCUGAAUCUCUUAGCCAAAUGACCACAGUUGGCGAGUCCGUUAGCCAGCCUGAGAUCGUACCAGGGAUCACUGCUCCCAUUCCUGCCACGACGGUCCCGGAGCCGAGCACAAAGUCAGAGCCGGGUAUAGCGUCAGGAUCUCCGAGGCCGCCUGCACCAGAAACUCCCGUUGGACCAAAGAAGCCAUUACGUCGCAAACCAAAGGACCCGAACGCGAUGUUCGUAUCGAGGAAUACUGUUGCAAAGCGGAAGGUGAACUUGGGUGCCGGCCGAAAGGUUGAGUACGAGAAAGAGGCAAAGUCCUCUCCGUCGACCGCCAACCCCCCUCCCCGUACCGCCCGGGACGAACUGCCCCCUUUGCCGGCCACGCCGCAGCCUUCUAAUAACCGACCCCGCCCCCGACCACACGAAGACGAAGAUGAUCCGGACCGUGCUCGCAAAACGCCCGCCACCACGAUCGCCGUCGUCAUUCUAUCUCCUCCUCAGCAGGGCCCAGCUGAGAUAGCCCAGCGCCGUCUCUUUGCACCCCGAAAGAGUCGAUUCACUGCCCAACAGGUCACUGGCGCUCACGCUGCGGAACUGGCUGGCCGGGAGCGGCUGGACGCGGCACUUGCCUCACGCCGUGCUGUAGAAGCGGAGAGAGAAGAAACGAAGGAGGGGUUUGACGAGAAGCUCAAGGACUAG